GGCGGCGCGCGGGCAACUUUCGCGCCGGCUGCGAGUGCGGGGCCCGGGCUGCGGCGUGGCGGCCACCAUGGAGGAGGCGCGGGCCGCCCGCCGCCAGCUCUGCCUCGCGCCGCUGCUGCUGCUGCUGCUGCUCCGGCCGCUGCUGCCGCUGCCGCCGCCGCCCGCCGCCCCGGGUGAGCUCCCGGGGCGCGGAGCCGAGCGCAGCCUGGCGGUCCCCGUGCGCACUGACGCCCAGGGCCGCUGGCUGUCCCACGUGGUGUCGGCGGCGCCCGGCGGGGCGGGGGUCCGCGCUCGCCGGGCCGCGCCCCCCGACGACCCCCGCGGCUCCCUCUUCUACAACGUCACGGUCUUCGGCCGAGACCUGCACCUGCGGCUGCGCCCCAACUCUCGCCUCGUGGCACCGGGGGCCACGGUGGAGUGGCAGGACGAGGCGGGCGCCGCCCUCCGCGUGGAGCCGCUGCUGGGGACCUGCGUGUAUGUCGGGGACGUGGCGGGUCGCCCCGAAGCCUCCUCCGUGGCACUGAGCAACUGCGACGGCCUGGCAGGUCUGAUCCGGGUGGAUGAGGAAGAAUUCUUCAUCGAGCCCGUGGCCAAGGGAGAGGCCAGCAUGGAGGCCGCGCAGGGCCGCCUGCACGUGGUCCACCGCCGGCCUCCUACGCCUUGGUCACCGCCUCCAGGGGGCCCUCUGAGCCUGGACACGGGGGUCCCCCGGGCCAGCCUGGACAGCCUCAGCCGCACCCUGGGUGUCCUGGAGGAGCACGUCAACAGCUCCAGGCGGCACCCGCGGCGGCGCAGGCACACUGCUGAGGACGACUACAACAUCGAGGUGCUGCUGGGCGUGGACGACUCCGUUGUCCAGUUCCACGGGAAGGAGCAUGUGCAGAAGUACCUGCUUACGCUCAUGAACAUCGUCAAUGAAAUCUACCACGACGAGUCCCUGGGGGCCCACAUCAACGUUGUGCUGGUGAGAAUUAUCCUGCUGAGCCACACCAAGUCCACGAGCCUCAUCGAGAUCGGGAACCCCUCCCAGAGCCUGGAGAACGUGUGCCGCUGGGCCUACCUACAGCAGAAGGCAGACACUGACCAUGACGAGUACCAUGACCAUGCCAUCUUCCUCACCAGGCAGGACUUUGGGCCCUCGGGCAUGCAGGGCUAUGCCCCGGUCACCGGCAUGUGCCACCCCGUGCGCAGCUGCACUCUGAACCACGAGGACGGCUUCUCCUCUGCCUUUGUGGUGGCGCACGAGACCGGCCACGUACUGGGCAUGGAGCAUGACGGCCAAGGCAACCGCUGCGGCGACGAGGUGCGGCUGGGGAGCAUCAUGGCCCCCCUGGUGCAGGCCGCCUUCCACCGCUUCCACUGGUCGCGCUGCAGCCAGCAGGAGCUGGGCCGCUACUUGCACUCCUACGACUGUCUGAGGGACGACCCCUUCGCGCACGACUGGCCGGCGCUGCCGCAGCUGCCCGGGCUCCACUAUUCCAUGAACGAGCAGUGCCGCUUCGACUUCGGCCUGGGCUACAUGAUGUGCACUGCGUUCCGGACGUUCGACCCCUGCAAGCAGCUGUGGUGCAGCCACCCGGACAACCCCUACUUCUGCAAGACCAAGAAGGGGCCCCCACUGGACGGCACCAUGUGUGCGCACGGCAAGCACUGUUUCAAGGGGCACUGUGUGUGGCUGACCCCCGAUAUCCUCAAACGUGACGGCAACUGGGGCGCCUGGAGCCCCUUCGGCUCAUGCUCCCGCACCUGCGGCACCGGCGUGAAGUUCCGCACCCGCCAGUGUGACAACCCACACCCGGCCAACGGGGGCCGCACCUGCUCCGGCUUGGGCUACGAUUUCCAGCUCUGCAGCCCACAGGGCUGCCCAGACCCCCUGGCUGACUUCCGCGAAGAGCAGUGCCGCCAGUGGGACCUGUACUUCGAGCACGGGGAUGGCCAGCACCACUGGCUGCCUCAUGAGCACCGCGACGCCAAGGAAAGGUGCCACCUGCACUGCGAGUCCCGUGAGACCGGGGAAGUCGUGUCCAUGAAGCGCAUGGUGCACGACGGCACUCGCUGCUCCUACAAGGACGCCUUCAGCCUGUGCGUGCGUGGAGACUGCAAGAAGGUGGGCUGUGAUGGGGUCAUCGGCUCAAGCAAGCAGGAGGACAAGUGUGGUGUGUGUGGCGGGGACAACAGCCACUGCAAAGUGGUCAAAGGCACUUUCUCACGAGCCCCAAAGAAGCUGGAUUACAUCAAGAUGUUCGAGAUCCCUGCAGGAGCCAGACACCUACUCAUCCAGGAGACGGAUAGCACUGGCCAUCGUCUUGCUGUCAAGAACUUGGAGACGGGCAAGUUCAUCCUCAAUGACGAGAGGGACAGGCCACCUGCGUCCAGGGCCUUCAUCGCCAUGGGCGUGGAGUGGGAGCUGCGUGCUGAGGAUGGCCGUGAGACACUGCAGACCAUGGGCCCGCUGCACGGCGCCAUCACUGUGCUGGUGGUCCCACAGGGUGAUGCCCGCAUCGCGCUCACCUACAAGUACAUGAUCCACGAGGACGCGCUCAACGUGGACGGCAACAACGUGCUGGAGGAUGGCUCCACGGGCUUCGAGUGGGCGCUGAAGAAGUGGUCACCUUGCUCCCGGCCCUGCGGGGGAGGGUCUCAGUUCACCAAGUAUGGCUGCCGCCGGAGGCUGGACCACAAGAUGGUGCAACGGGGCUUCUGUGAUGCUGUGGCUAAGCCCAAGGCCAUCCGCCGUGCUUGCAACCCGCAAGAGUGCUCCCAGCCUGUGUGGGUGACGGGCGAGUGGGAGCCGUGCAGUCAGAGCUGCGGGCGGACGGGCACGCAGGCGCGCUCAGUGCGCUGUGUGCAGCCGCUGCAGAAUAACAUCACGCGCUCCGUGCACAGCAAACACUGCAACGAUGCGCGGCCGGAGGGUCGCCGGCCCUGCAACCGGGAGCUGUGCCCUGGCCGCUGGCGCGUUGGAUCCUGGUCCCAGUGCUCAGUGACCUGCGGCAACGGCACACAGGAGCGGCCAGUGCUCUGCCGCACCACAGAUGACAGCUUUGGAGUCUGCCGGGAGGCGCGGCCUGAGACAGCCCGGAUUUGCAGGCUUGGCCCCUGUCUCCGAAACCUCUCGGACCCAUCGAAGAAGAGCUACGUGGUCCAGUGGUUGUCGCGCCCAGACCCCGACGCCCCCGGGCCGAAGAGCUCCUCAAAGGGCCGCUGCCAAGGGGACAAGUCCAUGUUCUGCAAGAUGGAGGUCUUGUCGCGCUACUGCUCCAUCGAGGGCUACCACAAGCUCUGCUGCCAGUCCUGCGGCCUGCAGGGGAACCAGACCCACUGGGAUGACCGUGCCCAGCCGCUGCCGCCCCCACGGACAAACAACGACAUCCUGCAGGAGGAGCCGGAGGCCACGCCCCUGACACCGACCCUCCGUCUGCAGGAAGAACCAGAGCCCACCCAACCAGCAUCCACCCUCCACCUGCAGGAAGAACCAGAGCCCACCCAACCAGCACCCACCUUCCACCUGCAGGAAGAACCAGAGUCCACCCACCCAGUACCCACCCUCCGCCUGCAGGAAGAGACGGAGCCCACCCACCCAGCACCCACCCUCUUGCAGACUCCUCUCAACGCCUCGCGCCCUAACGCCACUGAGGAGCGCCCCGAGACCAACGCCGUAGAUGGGCCCUAUAAGACCCCCAGCCCAGACGUGGGCAAUUUCAUCCCGAGGCGCCCCAGCCGCUACGAGAAAACCCGCAACCGGCGCAUCCAGGAGCUCAUGGAGGAGAAGAGGCGGCAGGAGAAGCACCCAAAGAUGCAAUAAAGUGGAGAGAGCCCCCGAGCGCCCCCUUCUUUCUUGCUUCAAGAGCGACCCCCAACUCCCUUCCCAGGAUUAGCCUGGCCCUGUGGCCUGCUAGGAAA